AAAAGUCAACCUCCAAAGAAGCGGAAGAAUAUCGCCAAAAAAUUAAAAAAACAACUUGAAUAUUUUGAAGAUUUUGAUGAAAAAGCUCUGAAAUUCGAUGAUUUUGAUAAUAUGAUUAAUUUAGCAUGUGACGUUCUUUUAAAUUUAGCCAAUUUUAAAUCAAAAAUUCUAAAAAGUGUUUGCUCAUAUGAAAUGGAUUCUAAAAUUGAUGAAUAUCUGCCCAAAUGGACUGAAUGGAUUAAUAGCUGUACUGAAAGUACCUACAAAUUUAACAAAUUUUACGAAGAACUUAGUAAAUUUAUUACAGAUAAAAAUAUAAAAGAUGAACUUUUAUUUUUUGAGAUUCAGGAAGAAUUAUUAGACAAAGUCGCUGAAGAAAAUUUUCAAAAUUUUCUUCAUAUUAUUGAAUUAAAAUCAAUAUAUGUUUUAACUACUGAGUUAGAAUGUGCAAGAAGUAGAUUUAAACUUUUGGAUCCAAUAUUUGUUAAAGAAAUAUCAGACUUUUGGAAGGAACUUACCCAUAAGCUACAAUUAAGCAAGGAAUUGAUGGAAAUUUUUAAAGAAAAUGAAUGUGAAAGAAAGUUGUCAUCAUUGUAUUGUGGAAAAUUUAAAAGAUUUGUCAAAAUUAG